AUGUCUUUGCCCAGGUUGUUGGCUCAGUUUCUCUUCCUCGGCACUCAGAUCGUUGGCAAAGCCUUCGCAGAGGCUGGCAGGCAAGCCGCCCGAAAUGCCAGGGCGGCCCCAGUGGAGGCCGGUGCGGCGGGAGCAUCGACUGGCAAUUCUGCUCGAGAUGCCUUGACGCGUACGCACCGAAUGACUCUUGAUGAGGCUCGAAUGAUACUCAACCUGGACGCCAAACAGGUCGCCAGUGGUGGCGAAGAGAUUGCGCAGGAGCUGGAGAAGAGGUAUACGCAACUUUUCAACACGAAUGCCCCGCCAGCCCCAAAGGGCAAGUCCGGUGGCGGACAAGGAUCAUUUUACGUGCAGUCUAAAAUUGUCCGAGCCAGGGAACGCAUAGAGGCGGAAUGGGCCGAGAUCCUGAAGAAGGGCAAAGAAAAUGCCGAAGGUGGCAACGGGAACGGAGCGGCAGGAGGUAAUGGCGCAUCGGACGCUGGACAGACGAAUAGGUAG